AUGGAGUUGAAAGAUUUGGAUGGUAGGACACAACGUUGUACUUUGUGGAAUGAUUAUGCAGUUAAGUUUAAUGACUUUCUUGAGAAGAACAAAUCUGAAGAGCAUGUGAUUGCCAUCAUGCAACAUGCUAUCAUUAAUGAAUGGAAGGAAAACUUGACAGUUCAAACUGAUAAAUUUAGUACAAGAAUUUUCAUAGAUGAAGAUAUACAAGAAGCUAAUGACUUUAGGAGGAGGUUGAUACUUAAACAAGGAGUAAGUGAAGCUUCACAUACAACUUUAGCUUCACAAACUGUUUAUCCCAAUCGCUUAGAGUUUAUUCUAAACACCGAUAAGAAACAGCUGGAUGAAGUCAGAGAAUCUGAAGAGACUGGAGACUUUGUUGUGGACGCCACAAUAGCUAUGCUUGAGCAGGAGUUUGGAUGGUUUUUUGUGGGUUGCCGCAAAGAUGGUAAGAAAGUGCUUAGCAAAAUGGAGUACAUGGAAAUUGCAGAUGAAGAUGAAAUCACUGAUCAACUCAUUAAUGCUCCAGUUGACAGUCUAUGGUGUCGAAAAGAAAAGGCAAUCGCCACAGAAGUUGUACCCAAGUUCAGAGUUACCAUCAGAGUCCAAGACAGCACCGACAGUGCAUCGUUUGUUAUGUGGGAUAGAGAUGUCCAAAAGUUGCUUGGUUUAAGUGCAAAUGAUAUCCGUCAAAGGCAAUUGAAAAACAAUGAUGAUCAGGCUUACCCUCAUGAACUUGAAGGCCUCCUAAAUGUAAAAGUGGCAUUUAAGAUAAAAAUUGACAAAUACAAUAUCAAACACAAGGGCAGUGCAUAUACUGUUAACAAGAUGUGUGAUGAUCCUGAUAUCAUUGCUGAGUUGGAAGAAUUGAAAAACAACAAUGAAGUUGAGGAACAGCCAUCAAUGCUGGAGGUAGCAACUGUUAAACUUGAUGAGGAAUCACAAGGUGCUCCGGAUUCAAAGGAUGCAUUCUCGGUUACUGGCGAUUCUUUGGCCACCGAGAUUGAGAAAGAUAGUGAGACCAGUCCGUUGCAGAAAAGAGGUAAUGAGACUCCCGGUGUUGAAUCAACAAACAAGUUUGGGAAAAAGAUUCGCAAAGUAUUAUGA